AUGUCUCAAUACAACCUUGACGGUGUUGCGUUCCUAGGAGAACACACUGCAAGUGAGCCGGCUGACCCCUGGAGGAGUCAAGCCCCCUCUACGUCAUCCGAAGCAGGACCAGCUGCCCCUGCAAAUGAGCCCCAUACUAGCAGCACACCCAAGGCAUCGAGAGUAGUCAGAAACCCGUCGCCCACCACUCUGCCAGAAUUCACCACACCUCAGACCUGGGAAUGGCAGGGGAUCUCUUAUGACAUGAUUGAGAAAGCCGCCGAUGCUGCUGCACCUAACACCAUCCCCAAUGACGUUAAAGAAUGGACGAUGAAUAUGGUGCGAGCAUUCAUCAUGAGGGAUGUUAUCGGCACCCUCUCUGCCGACAAUGAACAGCUCAUCAAGUCGAACAACAGUCUGACAGCUGAAGCCCAAGCAAUCCGCAAGGACUUCAAAGAUUACAAGGACGAAGUAAAGGGCCAGAUGGACGCCCUUUAUGGCAACAUGGUCGCCCUGAAGGAGGCACAGGAGAAGACCACGACCUACAUCGUUGGCUUAGAGUUUCGACUCAACAAUGCCAUCAUCAAUGCACCUCCCCAAGACCCUCCCAAAUACCCAGGGAGAAAGUCAUCGGAGAACUUCGAGACCUGGUUCAUGAACCUUCUCAUUUGGCUCAAUUACAACCAUUUCACCGAUGACAAGGACAAAAUUCGGCAAGCCAAUGCACAUCUGGAAGGAGGAGCUGCUCUAUACAUGAAAGAGUAUGCAAUCAAGCUCACCUCUGGACAAGACGUUGGUACAUGGGCAGAAUACACCAGGAAACUGGAGAUGGCAUACAAGACACUUGACCCUAAGCGCAUGGCACAAUCACUGUUAGAUAGAAUUUCAGGGCCUACGCCCCCCGAAUCAGGAUACUCUGACGAAGAUUUGAUCGUUAAAAUCAGGGAACAAUGGUCGACCCAUAUCCAAACAGUCAUGUCGGUCACAGAGACACUAGAUCCCUCGAAGAUUCCAACCACUUGGAUGGACUAUCUUGAGUUCUGCCUGGAGAUUGAAAUCAAACAUCUCCAGCAAAUCUCAGGCAACAAGUCUACUGGACAGACCAUGGCAACCAAGGCGACUGCCCCCAAGGACCCUAAUGCAAUGGAUACAAGUGCACGAAUUGCACAUGAACUCUCCCCAGAACAGGACAGGUGGCUGGCAAACAAACUAUGUUUGUUUUGCAGAAAGCAUGCCUACGAAUGA